UCAGACUGGCGCCGGCAGUGAUGGCGUGCGCUCCGAUGCGCUCCACCUCUUCCAUCGGCGCUGUGACGGCGCCGGCCGCGGACGGCGCGAGCGCCGGGCGUUCAUCCGGACGCGUAGAGUUCCCGCGUACCACCGCCCAGGGAAGUGACACCGGUGUCCCGCGCCGGACCUCGCUGCGGCCCCUCGCGCAAUCGGCCUGAUUGUCUAUACGUGUGAGGUGCGAGUUCGAUAAUCUUUCGCACGUUGCAUCCCAGGUGUUGCUGGAGCCAUGGAUUUGCAACCUCCGGGCAUCCGACUCGUCAGGCUACUGUUGCUCGCACUUGCUAUCGGUGUUCGCGGGAGCCCGGACGCCAAGCGGCUGUACGACGACCUCAUAUCCCGGUACAACAAGCUGGUCCGGCCCGUAGUCAACGACACGGACGCACUCACAGUGCGAAUCAAGCUCAAGCUCUCACAGCUCAUCGAAGUGAACCUCAAGAACCAAAUUAUGACAACCAACCUCUGGGUUGAGCAAUACUGGGACGAUUACAAGCUGAGCUGGGAUCCUCGCGACUACGGCGGCGUGGACAUGUUGCACGUGCCCUCGGACCACAUCUGGAGGCCAGACAUUGUGCUGUAUAACAACGCUGACGGCAACUUCGAGGUGACGCUGUCCACGAAGGCUCAGCUCAACUACACGGGUCGCAUCCAGUGGAAGCCGCCGGCCAUCUACAAAAGCUCGUGCGAGAUCGACGUAGAGUUCUUCCCAUUCGACGAGCAGACGUGCCUGAUGAAGUUCGGAUCUUGGACUUACGACGGAUUCAAGGUGGACCUCCGACACGUGGACGAGGUGCAGAAUCAGAGCUUGGUGGAGAUCGGUGUGGACCUGACGGAGUUCUACCUCAGCGUCGAGUGGGACAUCCUCGAGGUGCCCGCGGUGCGACACGAGAAGUACUACACGUGCUGCGAGCACCCUUACAUCGACAUCACCUUCAACAUCAGCAUGCGCCGCAAGACGCUCUUCUACACGGUCAACCUCAUCGUGCCCUGCAUGGGCAUCUCGUUCCUCACUGUUCUGGUCUUCUACCUGCCGUCCGACUCCGGCGAGAAAGUUGCGCUCUCCAUCUCCAUCCUCCUCUCGCUCACCGUCUUCUUCCUACUGCUGGCCGAGAUCAUCCCGCCCGCAUCACUAGUGGUGCCCUUGCUGGGCAAGUACCUACUGUUCACCAUGGUCCUGGUCACCCUGUCCAUAUGCGUCACCGUGGUAGUGCUCAACGUGCACUUUCGCACGUCUUCCACGCACCGGAUGGCACCUUGGGUCAAGAAGGUGUUCCUUCAGAUACUUCCGCGCCUGCUUGGCAUACCCCGUCCCGCGCAGGAAGACCCUCUCUUCAAGCUCGUGGUGCCCAGCUGCAACGGCACCGACUCGACGCGGGACCCGUACGCCACAGCCUCUACGAGCGCGUCGCCGGGCCCUGGCUUCGAAGAAGGCGUCUAUGAGCGAGAAGAGGACCCCAUCGUCUGCAAGGUGCACGGUCUUCGCAGAACUGCCAGCGAAACUUUCGCGGACUACGCGGCGGAGCCUUCUUCCGCGGGGCACCGUCGGCCAUCGCCACCUUCGCCCUUGGUUGGCGGCGCACCAGGCAUGAGGCUCCACUUUUGCCCUGAACUGCAGCGAGCGCUCGAGUCCGUGCACUUCAUAGCCGACCACACGCGUCGAUAUGAGGAUCACCUCGAGGUGAAGGAAGAUUGGAAGUACGUCGCCAUGGUUCUGGACAGGCUGUUCUUGUGGAUUUUCACAGCGGCCGUCAUUGUCGGCACAUGCGCUAUCAUUUUGGACGCGCCCACGCUCUACGAUACCCGUGAACCCAUCGACGUCCGGCUGUCCGAGGUCCUCAGCGUACUUUACAAGGGACAUCAGUCCUAGGGAGCGUCGCCGUUUUGGGGAUUACCGCUGCCGGAAUUGACAUGAAUUCCGCGUUACUAGCCAUGACUCUUCGAACAAUUUAUCUUUUUUUGAGAAUGAGGGUGAUGGGCAUCCAUCUGAUCCGGCACAGCCCGUCUUCUCAGGCUGCCGUGAUUCUCACAGAAGUGUCGGACAUCAGUGCUCACAACACGUAGAAAGCCAACGCGGAAACUACUCCAUGACUGCCUCGGUACAAUGGACCAACGCGGGACGACAGGAUGGAGCACACUUUAUCGCCAAGGCGCCGCACUGUCGAAGGCAUAGAAAUUUUGCGAUACUCUUUCCCUGAUCCGAUACGUCAAACUUCCAAAGCCUAUUUAUUUGUCUCACGUCUAGCAUCCAUAGAAAGGUUAUCAAUAUAAGACGACCACACUUACCUUUAGAGAUAACACGCGUGGCUGGAUGCCAAGGUCACAUUUCCUCACGUAAAUUUGCCUUUUGUUUCAGAUGACUAUUCCGUUUGCAUGUCA